CAGUACAGUUCAGUACAGAACAACAUAAAAGAACGCAAACAAUAACAACAUAAAAACACAUAAAAUGCCAAGUGCGCGGGUGAAUCAUCGUUGAGCAACAAUCAAGAGUGAUUAGCGCAUGAUCGCGCGACGUCAUUAGCAACAACAAUUGGGAUACCCCGCGAGAAGUAUGUCGGCAGAUGCGAUUCCCGCGUCGGAAUGUGUGCACCUGGUGGAAUUCAAGAGAUUUCUCGCCUCGGCGGCGGAAAAGGCGGCCGCUGGCGAGGAGGUGGCCAGCCGGAGUUGUGUAACCCGCACCACCAGCGACACGUACAAGGUGUCCAGCGAGGAGCGUCAUGCGGAGUUGGUCUCCUCCAUUUGGCAGCAGCUAGGCUCCCGCGGCUGUCCGGAGCUUUUUCGGAUGAAGCUGCUCCACCGGGCCACGCAGCAGCUGGAGCAGGAUCUGUGCUUCGCCAAGGAGUGCGAGGUGGUCACCGUGGAGGGUCCGCCGCAGUACGAUCUGCUAAAGCUGCAGAAAUUUGUGGCCAGUGAGCUGGAGAAGUUCCUCCUCAAGCUCACCGACAACUCGGAGAUGGAGCGGCUCAAGGAUUUUGCAGAUGAGGAGGAGUGCCACCUAGCCAAGGAACCGCUGCACACUUCCUCGGCUGUGAAGAACAAACCGAGGAAAAUGGAGGACCGCUGCGUUUGCCUGGCUCGAUUUGGCGAGAUGUACGGCUUGCCGGAUAGAAACACUCGCUUCUUUGGCGUCUUCGAUGGGCACUCCGGUUCCUUAUCAGCCAGCUAUGCCACCAGCCAGCUGCCACAACUGCUGGCCGAUCAGCUGAAGGCGCAGUCCGAACCCCCCGACAAUUCCCCCGACUUUUAUCGCAAUGCCUUCGAGUCGGCCUUUCUGCUGGCCGACGAGCGUUUCACCCAGAAGAAGAUCACCAGCGGCACAACCAGUGUUUGUGCCUUGAUCACCAGGGAUCACCUGUACAUAGCCUGGGUGGGUGAUUCCAUGGCUCUGCUGGUGGGCAAAAGAACCCAAUUGCAGCUGGUAAAGCCGCACAAACCGGAGAAUCCAGAUGAACGCAAGCGAAUAGAAACAGCCGGCGGCACUGUGCUCCAUGCGCAGGGUCAGUGGAGGGUUAAUGGCAUCCUGAACGUGGCCCGUUCCAUUGGCGAUUACAGCUUGGAGGCAGUCAUCGCGGAGCCCGAUUUUGUGGAUGUUCCGCUAAGUGAGGCUCAUGACUUUCUUGUCCUCGGCACCGAUGGCCUGUGGGAUCAUGUGCCGGAGUCCCUGAUCAUCGAAACUGUUUACGAGUCCCUGGCGGAUGCCACAACGAAGCUGGACGACAUUCCCAAACUUCUGAUAGAGGCUGCAAAGGAGCGGGAUUCGCAGGACAACAUCACCGCUGUGGUGGUCCUGCUAAAACCUCGCCAUCAGAUCGAACAUCUUUAAAAGUUUGAGUCUGCGGCAUUGGAACUCCAAGCAGCGAAUUUUUUUUUAUUGUUAUUUGGGUUAUUUUGUACAACUUACGAGUAGUAGAAGCGAAAAGUAAUCUUGAAUCAUCUCUUUUUGCAUGGGAUAACGUAUAAAAAUCAUAUCAAGUUUUAUAUAUUCAAAAGAAAAAUGUGCCAAAUAACUUUAAACAUUUAAAGAACGCAUUAUUAGUUGGCUAAACAAUACAAGAAAUAUCGUGAUUUAUCGUGAUACAACGAAUAUUUGGUAGAACUAAAAGAAAGAUCCCCGAAACCUUGCCCAAUUUAAACCGAUAGAUAUAUCCAAAGAUUACUUUCCGAAGCUACAUUUAUUAAUCAACGAUUAAUUAACCCAAACCGGCCCGCAUUGUUGUUUCGUUUACUUUAUUGUUGUAAUGUAAAUAUCUAAAUAUCCUUUAUUGUCACAUUCUCACGUGCCUACGUGGUCCUGGAAAUGGCGGUUCCCACUCCCGGUCCACUUGUUUGGUUGCUCGAAUAAGCUCAAUUUAAAAAAUAUACAAAAAGUGCACCCGUACGCACAGAAACAUGUUUAUAUAUAUAUUUUAGAUUAGCCUGCAAGCAUAUUUAUACACAUUGAAGUUGUUUUUCCUGCUGUAUGAUAAUAAGCAAAGCCAGGUACACAAACAAAUAUUAUAGACCUAGUACGUAUUUACACCUGUAAACCAUAUUUAAUGAUCCCCCACAGAUUAAGUACCUUUUUAUACAAAUCUAAUGAACCUUUCAUGCAUUUUAUCGAACAACCCAACACACA